AUGUACUCCAGCUCUCAUGCCCAGAUGCCGCCGCCGCAGUCGCGCUCCGUGGCUCCUGAAACUUUUCUGCUAGAUCAGGACGCCCAGCAGAGCCUGCCGCCAGACUCCAUCGUCGCCCUGCAGCAGGUCGACAACCUCAAGUACUUCCUCAUAUCUGCGCCCGUCGACUGGCAGCCCGACCAGUAUAUCCGCAGGUUCCUACUACCAACGGGCGAAUACGUUUCUUGCGUGCUCUGGAACAACCUCUUCCACAUCUCGGGAACCGACAUUGUGCGAUGUCUCUCGUUCCGCUUCCAGGCCUUCGGCCGGCCCGUGAAGAACUCGAAGAAGUUCGAGGAGGGCAUCUUCUCGGAUCUGCGAAACCUCAAGUCUGGCACCGAUGCGUCGCUGGAGGAGCCCAAGAGCGCUUUCCUUGAUUUCCUCUACAAGAACAACUGCAUCCGCACGCAAAAGAAGCAGAAGGUCUUCUACUGGUACAGCGUGCCCCACGACCGCCUGUUCCUCGAUGCCCUGGAGCGCGACCUGAAGAGGGAGAAAAUGGGCCAGGAAGCCACUACCGUCGCAGUCAACGAGCCCGCGCUGUCUUUCGAAUUCGACUCGUCGCAAUCGCUGUUCGAGCAGCUUACCAAGGCCCAACAGACCAAUUCGUCGUCGUUCAACAACAAUGUGCAGUCCCAGUCGUACUCGCAGUCCACAUCGCCCGUCAUGCGCGCAAUUGACUCGAUGCCGCCCCCAAACAUGAUGCCGCAGGCGAUGCCGCCAACCGUUCCGGAGGAGACCCUCAACCAGAUGACCGCGUACAACCAGAUGUCGAUGGCUCCCAGCAUGGGCAGCACAGUUAUCAAGAGCCGGGAACGCGAAUACAGCCAGAUGCAGUACGACCGCAACGGCAUCCCGCUUUCACAGGUCCACCAACGUCAUAGCUCAAUGCCCGCGUACAUGGAAUACUCGCCUGCACCGUCUUUCGUGUCGUCGCACUACGAGGACUACAGCACGCGCGGAAUGUCUUUUGAGCCCAUUACUCCUCCCCAACAUCAGAUCAGCCUCGGAGCUGAGCCUGCAUACAUUGCCAACGAGGACACUGGACUGUACACUGCCAUCCCUGAAUUGAGCGUCUCCACGAGCUUCAACCCAUUAAUACAGCUUCCUCCGUCGAACCUGAUGGGCCACGGUUUCUCCAACGUCUCCCGGCCAUACCCUCCCACCAACGUCUACUCGGUCAUUGAAGGCUCGCCUACCUACAAGCAGAGGCGGCGUCGUUCGUCCAUGUCAACCGGCGUCAGCGCUGCGGUGACGGCAACCGGUGGUGCAACUGCUCAUGCAGUGCACAGACCGAGCGACCUUCGGCGGUCCAUGUCGAGCUCUGUGAUGCCUGUGGCUGAGGUUGAUGAGUCCAACCACGAUUCGCCACAGAGCACGACCUACAACCACAUAGGUCAGGAUUCGAAGCCCACUGUCGACCUCUCGAGAACGGGAACACCCCUCCACACUGUGGAGGACAGCCCACCACAGCAGGUCUCGACUCUUUCGCACGACGACCUCAGCAACUUGGUGAACGGGGAUGUCUACGAGACUCCCCUGCAUCAUGCAGCGGUGACCCGCACUGCAGCCGCUCCCGGUGUGUUUCGGAGAGCUCGCAGCGCCACCAUGAUGGAGCUAGGGCCGUACCCGCAGAAGUCUCACUCGUGUCCGAUCCCGACUUGUGGCAGGCUGUUCAAGAGGUUGGAACACCUCAAGAGGCACGUGCGUACCCACACCCAAGAACGUCCAUACGUCUGCCCGCUUUGCAACAAGGCCUUCUCGAGAUCCGACAAUCUCGCGCAGCAUCGCCGCACGCAUGAGUCCCGUCAAGACGGCGAGCCGCUCGGCAGCUUCAGCGAUGAAGAUCUCGAAAAUGACGACGAUCACCUCGGCUCGCUCGAGGAGGAGUCGCCUGACUCAGGCAACGACUAUCUUUCCUCCAGCAUGAAUCUUCCUCCGUCAAUCUCAGACAUACCCGGCCCCUUGAGCAUGGGCAAUACCAGCAUGGGCCCGCCUCAGCAACUCAUCGCCGCCCACCACUAUUAG